AUGUUCAACGAGCUCUUUUCAAGCCCGGUGUCUUGCAAGGCGCGCUACAAAGCCAUAGUUGCUUUAUAUGCCUUACUGCCCAACGAAGUAGCCCAACGAUUCAACCAGCCCUUUAUGGAUGUGUUGUACGCGAAAAUGGGCAGCUUCACCCUUUCCGUCGUGCUCAGCGAGUUGAUAUGCGCGGAUUUGGAGGCGAGGAGAGAUGAGCGAAAUUGGGAUUACCAUGUGAAAUCGAUGAUAAAUUUGCUGUCGGCAGGACCUGGUCAUUGCUCCCCCCUGGAUCGACUGCUGCCCCGUAUUAUGAAAAAUCCGCUUUUACGAAUCGGUUUUGUGGAUAAAUUAAUGGAUGCUGUAAAAGCGUCUACCUCGGCCACCGCCGAUUUUCUCGUCGGGCGGAUGGCGCUGGCGAAGUUUGUCGUUUUCACGAGAACCACUUGUCAAUGGCGUGAUUUUGUGCUGAGAGAGGAAAUGGCUCGAGCAUUGUUGCAUGUGAAUGUCCAGGUCCGCCUAACCGCCUUGUCGCUUCUGUGCGAGCACCCAAAGCGAACGCUGUUUAUCGAGCUCGAAGAUUGUGAAUUGGCGCUUGCGUAUAUCGAGUCCAACAUGACCGAACAGGAGCCGUCGAAUCGUCAGAAAAUUUUGGCCAGUUUGAAAAAGUUCCUAAUGCGCCUCUGCGACGUUGCCGAUCAAAUUUCGAAGAAACCUGGCGAAACUGGGCCUAUUGUCGGGUAUUCCGAUUUUUUGAGAAGAUUAGCAGCGUUGACAAUCGAGUCAAUUAAGCCAGGCGCCAAUUUCUCGCGGCGAAUCAUGGCGCUGUCGAUUCUUGAUUUAUUGUACAAGGACGAGGUGCUGAAUUUAGAUGGAAAAGAAACACUUCGCUCGCACGCCCAUCUCGAGGAUUUGUUAACGGAAGAUCUACGAGCUUUGCUGAUCGGUUGCUUCGACGAUUCCUUCCAAAUUUGCCAAAAAGAAGCACUCAGGCUGCUUCAGACACUGAAAUUCCCGGAGAAUUUUGACUUCGAUAGCUUCAUCGCGGUCACCGAGUCACAACUGGAUUCGCUACGCUCUCAUGAUUCACUAUCGCUUAGCUACAGGCUACGCUACUACGCGGCAAAACGACCAAACGAUGUGGCCGGGCUGUUGGAAAGGCUGAUCAAAAAGGUUCUCGCAAGCUGUGAAGCCCUCGACAAAGAGAGCUUGAUCGCCAUUUCCGCUCGGCUGCUCCACCCGACGUUGAGCUCUAUCGCUCUUUUGCUCGAGCCAAAGCCGGCCAUAGCUCCAGAAAUCUGGUCGACUCAAAUAUUGCCAAUGUGCUUCCGGGCAGCUAAUUUAGUUCGUCCCGUAGUCCAUGAUUUGUCACCGGAAGGCUAUGUCCCCGAGGAGUUGUUGCGAAAAAUUGAUAACACCACCGGCGAAUGCCUUGCUCCCCAAGUCUCCCAGACGCUAGUGGCCUGCUGCUGGCGCGCCCACAAGCAAAUCAGCACGAUUUUGUCGUUGGCGGCUGGACAAUUAGAGGUACUACCGCCAGCCGACGUGCGGGCCGUCUUCGACUUUUAUUGGCUCGAGCUGACGGAAUGCCGACAUUGUGGGGCUUUCGAAAGUGCUGUGGACGGUUUCCAAGUCCUCUGCCGUCGACUUUGGGCAGUGCAAAAUCCACAUCUACCAAAUUUGCUUGCCGCAUUGAGCGGAAUUCUGGAAGCGAUCGAUGGGAAAAAUGAUCUCGACAAACUUUGCUCGACUCGUCGAAGCGCCGGUCUGCCCUAUCUCGUCGCGGCGUUGUGUUCGACGGAUCCGGGAUGUUCGGCUUUAGAUUUGGCGAUGGGAAAAUUGAUGGAAUUUGAGGGACGGGAGUCGACGAGCAGAAUCCACAGCCUCAACGUCCUCCGGUCGCUCUUCAUGCACUCUGAACUUGGCGAACGCGUUUUGAGAUACGCCGAAAAAGCCGUCAAACUGGGCGUGGAAGGCUGUUCGGCUCCAAAUUGGAGCGAACGAAACGCUUCCGCCCAACUUGUCGCCUCGCUGAGAACGCGUCUUUUUGGAGUCGCCCGAGCGGCCAAAGUCGAGUUACACGUAGAUGAGCGGAACACGCGAUCGGCGUUUGAAUUCUUUUCGAGAUAUCCCUCCCUCUACCCGUUCCUGUUCGACCACCUUUCCAAGCACACCUUCCACGACGAGUUUGGCCUAUUUCCGGUGCUCGUCCUCCUCUCCCACCUCAACCCGAGUACAAACGCGUCGAACCCGUUCCCGCUUCACCCAUUUGUGCCAAAAAUCAUGAAGCUCUUGCUCACGCUGCGUUCCGAGAAGCUACGGAAAUUGGCCGUUGCUGCCUUGGUGGCAAUUUCAACGCGAGAGGACCUCCUCUACUGCCUGGAAAUCUUUAGCGGCCUCGACAUUGCCCGGCUUCCACAUAACGUCCUGGACUCACUGUUUAAUUUGGACCCGCGGAUGUACUUUCUUUUCAAGGCUCAAAAUCGGGGAAUUUUGGCGAAGGCUGUCGAAAACGGCGCGUAUUUGGAUUACAACGACUACGUGCUGAACCAAUUCUUCCAACUGUGCCUUAUGACGGGCAUGCACGAUCCCAUGCGCAAAUUUAUCGAGAACAAGGAGCUACUUGAUAAGCUGACACUUGCGUUAAGACCACUGGCCCGCUUCGCCGUCGCCCAACAAUUUCCGCCCAAAAUUCUCAAAGAGCACCCCGCAUUCCGGCGUGAGGUGUAUCGCGAAAUUUUGAAGAGCAACUGUGUCACUUCUGCCGACUGGACGUUGUUUUUGUGCAGUGGGUACUCUGAGGUGGCCAUAAUCAACGAUUUCUCGAUGGUGCUGGACUCGCUGGUUGGGAAAACGGAGAGCCACGACGCGGCCUACUACCCCACACAGCCAAAUUUGCGAAAACUGACCAGCCUAAUUCUACGCCACUACGACAAGGUGAAGCAACCAGCGGUUGAAAAGAUUACGACGGCGAUACGGCAGGCGCUAAAUGAUACGACUGAGCAUGAAUUUAGUCCGGACACCGAAAUGCUACUCCGCGAGCUGGCCAUGCUUUUGAAGGACGAAUGGACGCCUGCAGAUGCGGAUUGGAUCAGAAAUCGAUUAGCUGACGACACACCGGAAGUCCUCCCGGCUGCCCUUCGAUUGUGUAAAAAACUGGAACCCAGGACGGCCCAGGCCGAUAUUUUCGCGCCCGUCUUCGCCCUGUUGCUCCAGUCUUCAGAUGCGGCGGUUCGGGAAGAGGCCAGUGUGUCCCUUGGCCAUUUCGUCGACUCUAACGCAGCGCUGAACCCUGCGAUCACUUGGCGCCUUUUUGCGGAAGACUAUCCAAAUUUACGAAGGCAACUUGUCCCUAUUCAAAAAGCUGCGGACGUUGAAGCGGAUGAAAAAGCGCAAUUGUUCGACGCGUGUACGGUGAACGCUUACGCGGAAACGCAGCUAUUUUCCGACUUCGCCGCCACCAAAAACGCUCUCAAAAUAGCCGACUCGUCGAAAUUAUCUGUU